AUGUCUUUAGAACAAUCUAAACAAGUGGCAGCAUAUCGAGCAGUUGAUGAAUUCGUACAAGAUAACAGCAUUAUUGGUGUAGGAAGUGGAUCUACAGUAGUAUAUGCAGUGCAACGCUUAGCAGAGCGAGUAGAAACUGAAAAUCUUAAAGUGAUUUGCAUUCCAACAUCAUUUCAAGCUAAGCAACUCAUUAUAAAGCAUAAUCUUAUACUUGGAGAACUUGAAACAUACCCUGUUAUAGAUGUCACUAUUGAUGGUGCCGAUGAAGUUGAUUCAAACAUGACUCUAAUUAAAGGGGGUGGAGGUUGUUUACUACAAGAAAAAAUUAUUGCAUCAUUCUCUAAAAAACUAAUUGUGAUUGCUGAUUAUACAAAAGACUCAAAAAAAUUAGGAGACAGAUAUAAAAAAGGAAUACCGAUUGAAGUGGUUCCUAUUGCUUAUGUACCUAUUAAAAAUAAAAUAGUUAGCAUGUUUGGGGGAGAAAUUAAAUUAAGGAAUGCUAUAGCUAAAGCUGGGCCAGUAGUGACUGAUAAUGGAAACUUUAUUAUUGACUGGAUGUUUGUUAAUCAAGAUUUAGAUUGGGAAAUGGUUAAUGCUACUAUUAAAAUGAUUCCUGGAGUAGUCGAAAUAGGAUUAUUUGUAAAAAUGUGCACCAAAGCCUAUUUUGGUCAACCCGAAGGCACAGUUAUCGAGAGAUCUGUU